UGCCCUCGCCCUGCGCUUUCCGCGCGCCUCGGACCUGCUGUCCCCCGCACCUCUGCCCCACCCCUUGCCCUGAAGAUGAAGGUCUGGCUGCUGCUGGGUCUUCUGCUGGUGCACGAAGCGCUGGAGGACGUUACGGGUCAACAUCCUCCCAAGAACAAGCAUCCAAAGGAGCCCGGAGAGAACAGAAUCAAGCCUACUAACAAAAAGGUGAAACCCAAAAUUCCUAAAAUAAAGGACAGGGACGCCGCUGAUGCAACACCAAAGACACAGUCUAUAAUGAUGCAAAUGACAGAUAAAGGUCGCUUUCAGAAACCCGCUGCAACCCUGAGUCUGAUGGCAGGGCAAACUCUAGAGCUUCGAUGUAAAGGGAGUAAGAUCAGAUGGAGCUAUCCCGCCUACCUUGACACCUUUAAGGACACCCGCCUCAGUGUGAAGCAGCACGAGCGCUACGGCCAGCUGACCCUGGUCAACUCCACCGCGGCCGACACGGGUGAAUUCAGCUGCUGGGGGCAGCUCUGCAACGGCUACAUCUGCAGGAGGGACGAGGCCAAAACGGGCUCCACCUACAUCAUUUUUACAGAGAAAGGAGAACUCUUUGUACCUUCUCCCAGUUACUUUGAUGUCGUCUACUUGAACCCGGACAGACAGGCUGUGGUUCCUUGUCGAGUGACUGUCCUGUCGGCCAAAGUCACGCUCCACAGGGAGUUCCCGGCCAAGGAGAUCCAGGCCAACGGAACAGACAUCGUUUAUGAUAUGAAGAGAGGCUUUGUGUAUCUGCAACCUCACUCUGACCACCAGGGGGUGGUCUACUGCAAGGCGGAGGCCGGGGGCAAGUCUCAGAUCUCUGUCAAGUACCAGCUGCUCUAUGCAGAAGUUCCCAGUGGUCCUCCGUCAACAACCAUCUUGGCAUCUGCAAACAAAGUGAAGGGUGGGGAUGACAUCAGCGUCCUCUGCACGGUCCUCGGGGAGCCGGAUGUGGAGGUGGAAUUCAGGUGGAUCUACCCAGGGCAGAAGGAUGAAAGGCCCGUGACGAUUCAAGACACUUGGCGGCUGAUCCACAGAGGGCUGGGCCACACCACGAGGAUCUCCCAGAGCGUCCUGAUCGUUGAAGACUUUGAGAUGGUGGACGCAGGUUAUUACAUUUGCACCGCUCAGAAUCUCCGAGGACAGACCUCAGUAGCUACUACUGUGGAGUUUUCCUGACUUGGAAGAUGAAGUACAAAUGAAUUGACGGAAAGCCCACUUGUGUACACAACCAGCUCCAGGGUCCUUUUGACUAGUGCUUUGCCAGAGGCUGAUGUCGAGCGCCAAACCCCAGGCCCUGCCUUGUGAGUCAGACCCAGACCUCCAAACUAAAAGGAAGUCACCCGGUCUAAUUAUAGAAGUGUUAAUUCUAGCAGAAAGCAUGUAUUCUGACUGCUGACCUACAUAUAUGGGUUUCUAGUGUUUAUACUAAGAAGGCAUAUAUGUAAACAACUUUAUAUAAUCAUUUCUAUUAAACGAGCAAGUUUUUGUAAAAAACAAAAAAUGGGCUAAGUGCUCGUUUUUUAAGUUGGCUUGAAGUACAUCCAGAAGGAUUUUUGGGCAGCAAUGUCCGAGUCAAUACCUAAUAUUCUCUUUGAUAUAACAACCACAAAAUAUGAGAAUCUAAAAACAGAGUAAUAAUAUAGUUCAACUAUACAACAUGAACUAUUGUAUGAUAUGAAGGUAUCAAAAAAUAUGUAAACUUUUUAACCACUGCACUCAAAAGUACUAGUUCUAGAUUAGACAUUCUAUAAGAACCACAGCAUGUGUUUUUAAAAGUUUAACUUUUGAUAUAAAAUAGAUGCAUAGA